AUGUUCUCAAACGUGGCCGGCCACUGGAACCACCUGACGGUUACCAAUAGAAAGCCACUGGUGCUCGGGGCCCACGAGGAGAUUCUGAUUCAUGAGACCUGGACGUUCACAAAGCUGCCGGGUGAUGCUGACAUGCGGUCAGAGCUGAGACCCUCUGCCGACCGAGCCGGUGCCUCCCCCAGCCCUGCUCCCUUCCCCCGGGGCGUGUCGAGCCGCCCCAGAAGCACCGAGCAGACAGGACUGAGGCUUUCUGUGGUCGAGUCUGCGGACUGGCAGAGGGUGUCCCAACCACGAAUUAGCACCACGGCCCCACCCCGUGGCCUGGUACGUGUACCUCGGACACAACCAGUGCCCGCCUGCCAGGGACCGAUGAAGCGAGCCUCGGCUUCUACGGGCAAGUCGUCACUCCACCGCCCGUCCCGCACGGCCAGCGACCGACCGCGCUCAUGCCAUGCCUCUGAGAACCUGUCUGCUUCGUUACUGGACUUCUCAGUGCUUUACCUCUGGUCCGAGCCUGGACGUCCGGCUUCCUCGGGAGGCCUGGCUUCAAGCCCCUCUCUGUCCUCCCCCUACCGGGCUGGCGUGACAACUUUACGUGUGAAUUCCCUGGCUUUCUCCAUCCCCACCACCGUUCCCGAAGGUCACCCCUCGCCGCCGAUCCACGCGGGGCGAUUCCCGCUGGCGUCUCUGCCCGGCCACGGCGCUUCCUUGCUUCCCCUUCGCCAGGACGAGGUGGCAAAGAAGGGGUGGGCUUCGUGGGUGGGCCGGGAGCUUCAGGAACAACUUGGUGUUGAGGUCUCGUUCAGCGGGAGAAGCUCUCCGCCGUCCAGUCUGGUUGGCGAGAGAGGCUCGCCCCAGUCCCAGCUCUGGAACGUCGCCUUCCUGAGGGCAGAAGCCGGAUCUUCCAGACGACGGCCAACGCCAGGGGAGGGAGGAGUAUGUGUGACGCCCACCCCUUACCCCGAGCCGGGGAGGAGGGAGGCUCACAGGCAGCUCCGUCCCACCCCCGGGCCCGCAAGGACCACGGCGUUGCACGGGGGCUUCCCGCCUCCCCCCUGCGUCCGUCCCUCGUCACCCCAGUUGCAGGACAGUCAGACCCGAGGGGGAAGGAGGCCUCCAGGCAGCUCCACAGGGUCACAGAAUUGAGGCUACAAAGCUUCCCGAGGUCACGGGGCCAGUCCGCACAGGGCAGAGGUGUGCACUGAGGCCGUCUGUCUCUGGACCCGGGGUGCGUCCGGAACAGGGUUCUGAGUGGUGAGCAGCCUGGAGGGGACUGGUUAAAACGCGGGCCCUGUGGGACAGUCACCAACUUCCUGGCUUCCCGAGAGUUCGGUGCAAGACCUGCCAGGACAUGCCCGGCAGCGGCCGAGAAGGAAGCGAGUGGCGAGAGACAGGGAGCGAGUCCAAGGCAGCCAGCGAGGCCGGGCAGGAAGUUGGGGUGCGCUGACAAAGGACACCGACUCCAGGGACCAGCCCAGAACGUCCUCAGGAAAUGCCAUGCAGCAGGGUCCAGCGGUGUGGACGCAAACGGGCCCAUCCUGUCUCCGCCCCCCAGAAGCAUUCCCCACGUAGGUGCU